AUGCCCCGGCAGCCGCCACCCCCGCCCGCGCCGUCCAUCCGCCCCUUCCGCGCACCGGGCCCGGCCCGGCCGCCCCCGCCGCACCGGGCCGCGCUCGCUCCUCCGCCCGCCGCACCGGGCCCCGCAGCCCUGCAUCCGCCCCACCGCUCUGGGCCCUGCCCGCCGCCCUCCCCGUCCCGCUGCCCCGGGGCUGCCCUUCCCCUUCCCCCAGCCCCGGGCCCUGCCCGCCACCUCCCCCUGGUGCCCCGGCCCUGCCCCGCACAGCCCGGGCCUGCGGCCGCCGCCGCGCCCCAUACCUUCGGGAGGCGCGCCCCCGGCGCUCGGUGCCGUGCCCCGGCGCUGCCCGCCCCUCAGCCCGCUCGCAUGGCGCGGCGGCCGGGCCCGCCGGGCUCCGUGUCCGUCCCGGUGCCGGUGCCAGUCCCGGGGGAGGAGGUCGACUCCCACCUGGCUACAACCUCUUUUCAGGUAGUUGUGGAUGUCUCGGGACAGCCCUGGGAGGUGUGGAAGUGA